CCCCUCCGAAAACUGGCUUAGUUGUCUCUUUAAGACCAUUCAAGUUCAACACUUAGAAUUAUUAUGCAACAAUGGAGGUCCACAAGGGAGACGACUCGCUCUGCAAACAAAUCCCAGCUAUGCUCUCCUCUUUCGUUGACACAUUCGUUGACUUCUCCGUCAGUGGUCUCUUCCUCUUACCGGACCCCAACCCUCAUUCCCAUUCGACUCCUCUGCAGACCCGAUAUCCCGCCGCUGACCGACUCAUCGCCGUCGGAGACGUCCAUGGUGACUUCGAGAAGACCAGGCAAUCACUGAGGCUGGCGGGUCUGGUCGACGAGUCCGAUAAAUGGAUCGGAGGGUCAACCAUGGUGGUUCAGAUCGGUGACGUCCUCGACCGCGGCGACAACGAGAUUAAAAUUCUUUACUACAUCGAGAAGCUGAAGCGAGAAGCCGCCAGGUCCGGCGGUACCAUAAUCUCCAUGAACGGUAACCACGAGAUUAUGAACGUGGAGGGAGAUUUCCGAUUCGUGACCAAAAAGGGUGUGAAGGAGUUCGAAAACUGGGCCGAAUGGUACCGAGUUGGGAACCAAAUGAAAACCCUUUGCGAGAAUUUGGAAAACCCAGAAGACCCAUUUGAGGGAAUCCCAAUGGGUUUCAGAAAAGUCAGAAAAGAAUACUGCGAUGGGUUUAGAGCAAGAAUCGCCGCGCUGAGGCCAUCGGGUCCGAUAUCGGCUCGUUUCCUAUCACAGAACGUGACAGUGGUGGUCGUUGGGGAGUCUGUAUUCGUCCACGGCGGGCUUUUGCCGGAGCACGUCGCGAAGCCGGGUCUGGAGGAGAUGAACGAGGAGGUGAGGAAUUGGAUCAAUGGGUGGAAAGGGAAAGAGGCUCCAUCGCCGUCGUACUGUCGAAGUAGGGAUGCGGUGGUUUGGCUGAGGAGAUUCUCGCACGAGGCGGCGGAGAUGUGCGACUGUUCGACGCUGGAACAUGUUCUGGCGACGAUUCCGGGGGCGAAAAGGAUGAUCAUGGGGCACACGAUCCAACAGACGGGGAUUAAUGGCGCCUGCGAGGGUCGGGCAAUUCGUAUUGAUGUGGGUAUGUCUAAGGGGUGCAUUAAUGGGCAGCCUGAAGUUCUGGAGAUCAUCCAUGGCAACUCUGAGCCCAGAAUUUUAGGUGGGAAUUCGGGUGAGUAUAAAUCUGUUGUGGCGAACCAAAGGAGACGAGGACUGGGGUUGGUGCUACCGGAUCAGCAUGGACCGAAUCGUCAAGUCCGUGUCAAGGCUUAGGAAUUACAUAAAACUAAGAUGUUUGAUUCAGUGGCAGUCGUCAUUAUUGUCUAAUCAUUCAAAAAAAAUUACAGUAACUCAGAUUAUUAUGAGAACACAAAUAAGAUUAAGAUGGUUGAUUUUGCUUCUUUCAUUACAAAA